UAAUAAUCAAAUGAACCGUGUGUCUGUAUCAUAAUAAUAAAUACAUCUACAGAUACAUAUGAAUCAAUUAUAGUUAUAACAGGUUUAAGUACAAAAGUCUUAUCAAAGAAGGGAGGUACGUUAAAUAUAUAUGGUCUUGGAUUUGGAUAUGGAACAUGUUAAGUCCAAGUCUAUGUUGGAAGACAACUCUAAUUAAAAAAUACAGUGGUAAUUGGAAAUGAUUGAUCAACUAUUACUGUUAAAUUUUUCAAUAUCACUUUUCAAAGAGAAGCAUAUGUCGAUGGAAGUGGUCUUGGAUAUAAAAGAUGGUGGGCAAAUACAGUUUAUUAAAAUGAUUCUAUUGGAGAACCAGACGUUUAAAAUGUUUAUGGAAAUUAUUACAACUGAUAAUUCAAAGGAUUCUUCAAAGCACCAAAAACAGGAUAAUAUAGAUUCUAUGUAGCUUCUGAUGAUAGAACAACUGUUGAAUUGAAUAGAAAUCCCUCUUCAAUAGAUAAUACAAAAUUAGAAUUAAUUGCUGAAAACAACUAUAGAUUACUUUCUAAAGAUACGGAAAGUUUAAGUUAGAACCACUUUUGUAUUUAACAUAACAACUAAUGCUAACAGUGCCAUAAGUAAGAAUCUAAAAUGUAGAAAUUGUAAAUGGAGGCGAAUAAAGAUAUUUAAAUAUAUUCCCAAUUAAUUUCAAUAACAACGGAGUCGUUUCAAACUCAUAUAUUAGAAGCAAUUCCAUCCAUGAUUCUAACGCUCGUUGCAUAGGAUUAUGAAGUGUUUCUCACUUAGAUGUUUAAGAUAACAUCUGUUACAACAUUUUUGGUCAUGCUAUCUAUAUUUAGAAUGGUAAUGAAAUGUACAACAUUUUGAACACAAUCUUAUGGCUGUUGUAAAUCCUCAUAGUAAUUAUAUCAAUCAGAUUCAACAGCAGCAGCUUUCUGGAUUACUAAUCCUAAAAACACAUUCUUUAACAAUAGAAUUGAAGGAGCAGAAUGGUAUGGAUUCUAUUUAGCAUUUCAAUCAAAUCCUUCAGAUGUAGCAUCUGCAGCUGAUAUUUGUCCAUCAGGUGUCUCAUUAUUGAAUUUCACUAAUAAUGCUGCUCAUUCAACAGGAAAAAUAGGACUCAGAAUAGGAAACUUGAUUCCAAAGAUGGCUCAAUGUGGAUCUCAUAAAAAUGAUGCAUUAGAUGACCCAUUUAGUGCUAAUCCUUCUUUAAACUAAUUAUCAGGAUUUAUAACAUGGGCAAAUGCUUAAAUUGGUGUGUUGGUAGAUAAUUGAGGAAAUGUUUUCAUAGAAAAUGUAUUAAUAGCAAUUUCAAAGAUAGCUGGUUAUUAAUAACAUAAAUCUUAUCUAUCAGCUUAAGGAACAACAAUUAAAAACUUUUUUAUUGUUAGUUCAUAAAUCAAUACUGGUUUGAUAGUUCCCUAA